GCAAGCUCAUGAAAAUAUCACAUCAAACUUAACUAGUUUAUUUGGAUCAAUACGUUCUAUUUAUCAUUCAUCGAAAUAUAUAUUUGAUGAUGAUCAAGCAGUUACUAAAGUUAAAGAUGAAGCGCAGAAAUGUGAGCAGACCAUUGAAGAUCUUUUUAAACAGUUGGAAUACAUAUCGCAAUUACAUAGUGGAAUGAAAUUCAAUCAAGACGCUAUUGAAAAUAAAGGUGAUCUUAUGUGCAUAGAUAUCAGCAAUUCGGACGAAGAUGCAGAUGCAAACCUUAACUUAAGCAUGGAAACUAUAUUAUCACAAUACCAUCAUACAGAAUCUCUUAUCGAUGGAUUAUUGAGGGAUCUAGAAAGAACAGAAAGCUAUAUAGAUGAAAUGAUUUUAUGGAAAGUAUCUUGCUCACAUUAG